AUGCAGAUGAAUCUUCAACGAGCUUUCAACUCAUCAUUCGAAGCAGUCACCGGGAUUAGCGAUUUUGCGUCAAAAAUUCACUUCUUUAAAGACUAUGUGUGUAAGGUGGAAGUUGAUGGCAGAUACAUGCUAGCCUAUGGGACCCCAGGUCAAGCAACACCACCCUCACCUCGAAUCGUAUCCCGUCCCCCAUCAGCACCUCAAAUCCCCUACCAACGUCGAUCACCAUCCGUCAUUUCAAAGCAAUAUCAAGUGGAACCGGCUGGAAUCUCAUACGGUCGUCAAUCCUUAAUGUAA